CAGUGACCUGGAUUGAGUUUGACUGGAGGAAGUGAGGCUGACGUAUCUGGAGCGCACACGCCAUUCCACGGCUACUACCAGAGAAAGAGAGAGAGAGACAACAACCUCCCUCCCUUCUACUCGCUCUCUCACUCACACGCGCUUCUCCUGAGGAAGCAGUAUGAAAGCCGACACAGUAUGGGCUGAGGACCAUAGUGAGGACACCCACCGCUGAAAGACACAGGGACAGAGGCAAAACGGACAGAAAGAGUGCAAGAAACAUCAGCAAAGAAGGUGUGAACACAUUCAAAAGAGGAACAAGGAGAGACCGGCUGGAAAAUAGGUGGGAGGGAGCCGUGGAGACGGAUCGAGAGAGAGGAACAGCCCGUCUGUCUGUGGCGGGACAGCAGACGCUGAACGCUCGCGGACCAGACACUCACACGCACACCAUGGUGGUCCAGGCGGCCGUAACGCCCAGUAGGACCCGCAGGCUUCUCCUUAAGCUGCCGGUGGGGACGCUGAGGCGAAAUAGUGAGGAGAGGAUGACGGAAGGGCGGAGAUGUCAGGUCCAUCUCCUGGAUGACAGGAAAUUGGAGCUCCUGGUACAGCCCAAGCUAAUGGCAAAGGAUCUUCUAGACCUGGUGGCGUCCCAUUUCAACCUGAAGGAGAAGGAAUAUUUUGGAAUUUCUUAUGUAGAUGAGACGAGUCAUUUCAGCUGGUUGCAGUUAGAUCGUCGUGUUCUGGAACACGAGUUUCCUAAGAAAUCUGGACCGAUUGUGCUUUACUUCUGCGUUAGGUUCUACAUAGAAAGUAUCUCUUACCUUAAGGACAAUGCCACAAUAGAGUUGUUCUUCCUCAAUGCAAAGUCCUGCAUCUGCAAGGAGCUCAUAGAGGUGGAAAGCGAGGUGGUGUUUGAACUGGCCUCUUAUAUCUUACAGGAAGCUAAAGGAGACUUCACGAGUAAUGAUGCUACUAGGGCUGAUCUGAAAAAACUGCCAGCACUGCCUACACAAGCACUGAAGGAGCACCCUUCACUCGCCUACUGUGAGGACCGGGUCAUUGAGCACUAUAAGAAGCUAAAUGGACAGUCCAGAGGCCAGGCUAUCGUCAAUUAUAUGAGUAUAGUGGAGUCGUUACCCACAUAUGGAGUGCAUUAUUACGCUGUUAAGGAUAAGCAGGGUAUCCCGUGGUGGCUGGGUUUGAGUUAUAAAGGCAUUUUUCAAUAUGACUACCAGGACAAAGUCAAACCAAGAAAGGUGUUCCAAUGGAGACAGUUGGAGAACCUGUACUUCAGGGAGAAGAAGUUCUCAGUGGAAGUCCAUGACCCGAGAAGGGCGUCGGUAACGCGGAGGACGUUUGGUCACAGUGGCAUCGCUGUGCACACCUGGUACGCCUGUCCCACCCUCAUCAAAUCCAUCUGGGCCAUGGCCAUUAGCCAGCACCAGUUCUACCUGGACCGCAAACAGAGCAAAAGUAAGAUCCACGCAGCACGCAGUCUGAAUGAGAUAGCCAUAGACCUGACAGAAACAGGAACCCUCAAGACCUCCAAACUGGCCAACAUGGGCAGCAAAGGCAAAAUCAUCAGCGGCAGCAGUGGAAGCCUGUUGUCCUCAGGCUCUCAAGAGUCGGACAGCUCCCAGACCGCUAAGAAGGACAUGUUGGCGGCUCUGAGGGCCAGACAGGAAGCUCUGGAGGAGACGCUGAGACAGAGAAUAGAGGAACUCAAGAGCAUCUGCAUCAGAGAAGCGGAGCUGACAGGAAAACUUCCGAAAGAGUACCCUCUCGAUCCCGGGGAGGAGCCGCCCAACGUCAGACGCAAAAUCGGCACCGCCUUCAAACUCGACGAGCAUAAGAUCCUGCCCAGAGGAGAGGAAGAGGAAUUGGAGCGUUUGGAAAGGGAGUUUGCCAUCCAGUCUCAGAUAACAGAGGCAGCGCGGCGGUUAGCAUCUGAUCCUCACAUCAGCAGCAAAAAGCUGAAGAAACAGAGGAAGACGUCAUAUCUGAAUGCUCUGAAGAAGCUGCAAGACAUCGAGAACGGCAUCAACGAGCACCGCGUUCGCUCUGGGAAGAAACCCACACAGCGUGCCUCUCUAAUCAUAGAGGAAGCGAAUAUUGGCUCAGAGGACAGUUCACUGUCUGACGCCCUGGUGCUGGAUGAUGAUGACCCCCAGGUGACAGGAACCCCCACGUUCUCUCCGGCUGCCUCCCCACACAAAGGUCUCCCUCCCCGACCCCGGUCCCACAGUCGGCCGCCUCCCCCACAGUCCCUGGACGGACUGAGACACCUGCACUACCAACGCAGUGACUAUGACAAGUCCCCGAUCAAACCGCGCAUGUGGAGCGAAAGCUCAUUAGACGAACCCUACGAACGGGUGAAGAAACGUUCCUCACACUCUAGUAGUCACAGGCGGUUCCCCAGCACUGGCAGCUGUGAGGUGGGAGGGAGCAACUCUCUCCAGAACAGCCCUGUGCGCUCCCUCCCUCACUGGAACAGCCAGUCCAGCAUGCCCUCUACCCCUGACCUGAGAACACGGAGCUACGUCCACUCGGCCAGUCUAACUCAGCCAUUCCGUGGCCGGAGUUCCAGUUUGGAGUCUCAGGGGAAGCUGCUAUCCUUGGAGGCGGACACAGAGACGGGACUUAGCCCUGACCUGUUUCUGUCAGGACCACGGAGGACAGGAAGCAAUGGCUCUGUUGUCCCCGACGACUGCUCAUCUUGCACCAGCCAAUCCAGUUCAGAACAUUACUACCCCUCAUCCACCUCCAAUCCUAACUAUUGUACGCUGGCCGAGGACUCGCCCUCCAAAGCCCGACAACGGCAGCAGCAGCGUCACAAGUCUGCCGGACACCUGGGUGCAUCCAGUUCUGGCAGUAUGCCCAACCUAGUGGCCCGCAACGGGAGCACCCACGGAGGGGUGUGCGGAAGCCAUCAGGGCGUGUACCUCCACAGCCAGAGCCAACCCUCCUCACAGUAUCGCAUCAAAGAGUACCCACUGUACACAGAGGGCAGUAGCCCCAACUCCAACUCAUACACAGCUGGGGGGCUUUAUAAGGAGGGGUGGGGCUCCGGGGAGGACGGGGAAGUGGGUGGUGGCAGCGGGAGGUUGACGCCGUCACGCUCACAGAUUGUGAGGACUCCAUCUCUAGGCAGGGAGGGAGGAGGAGGGGGACGGGCAGCGGUGUCAGAGGGGCUGCGGUGCUGGUACCAGCGCUCGUCUGGAUCGCUGAAGGAGCACAGCCGUGUCACGCACACCAGCUCCAAUGCUUCAGACGGCCGUGGAGGACGAAUAGGGACACUAGUGAAGGGGUCACCAGCUGCAUCUCCACACAGUCAGAGGAGUGGAACUCCCUGCAGUGACCCUGCAGCUACGCCCCCUUGCAGCCCACAACACAUACUCAACUGGCAGAGCGGUGAUACGACUGAAAGUUCUCCUACUGAAGACCGUUCUCCCUCUCACCAAAGCACUGACCAGUAGAGAGAUCGCCAUUCACAGAUAGUUGUUUCCUGAGCAGUCCCCUGUGCUCUGAGAUAGUGGACGUACAGUGGUACGGGCACGAGAAGGCAAAGCCGGGAACGCUCGUCUAAACCCUCAUCCCUCAUCCCUCUCUCUUUAAAAGAGUGUUCAGAAGGCAGGCCUGACCACAGUCUGGACCUCAACUCAUCUGAAAACACCUAUGGCUGGAGCCAGUACCACCUCGCCCUCUCCUUCCUCUCUGUAUAUCCGGCGGUACAGUGCUUAUGAACUAUGGGAAUACAAGAGUCUAAAUGAACUGAGCUUGACCUUGUCUGACCCUCCCACUCUGAUUUUUGAACUUUGACCCAGUUAGCUGGCAGCCGGUUCCUCCGUAUGCACAAACCCUCCGUGUUUAAUCCAUCGCUGGAUUGAUGUGCAUAAGAGAGACGUCUUAUGUGCGUUGUACUAUAAGUCAACCCCACUCAUGCACACACAUGCUAAAAUAGUCGUUCGCCCCCUGCUGUCGUGUGUGUCCCUCUGCACUGAUGUCAGAGAGCCGGCACCGUUCUCUCUCAUGCACAUGACAUGCACAAAAAAAACAUUCCAAUGGAUUGCUUUGGCGUCAACCACCUUUGUCGAACUUUAUGUUCUUAGUUCUGUUAAAAAACAAAAAAACAGUAUGUGACCACAAGCCCCACCUUCAUACUACAGCGCCCCUUCUCAUUGUACCGGAGUGCAUCAUAAGCCCCUCCCACUGUCUGGGAACUUUGAUAUUUUGUGAAUAACAAUAGAGCAUUUAAAAAAGGCAGAAGCCUUUCUUCGGUCAUUCUGGAUUGGAAGAUGAGCCCCAAUAUAUCGCUCAUGAUUAUGACGUCACAAGUACGUCAUUUCGAGAAAAUUCAAAACAUUGUAGUCUUCGUGCGUAAUGUUGAUUUGUCAUUCUCAAGUUCAUCGAUUCUGGUCUAGGAAGUUCAGCCAUUUUUACAAAACAUUAGCUAAUUUAGAAGCCAUAGCUGUAAAACAAAUCUGAAACGUUAGCUUAGAGGCAUUAGCAUGACCCUCGGCUUUGAGUGACUGAUCUGUGAAGUACUGCAACUCAGGCUGCAACCGGCAACUCGCCACCAUGGUGCUCUGAGCUUGAACUGCACAUCCCACAAUGCCCUGCUGUAUGCCCACACUGCAUGAAAAGUCACAAACCCCCGCGUAUAGUGUUGUGACAUCAGUGAAGUAAAGAGACACACAAAAAACCUUCUUCAAACACCCCUGGCCUUAUCCGUUUUCUGUUUUUAUGUACGUUUUUAAUUCAGGAAUUUACUUAAUUGUAACACCACUAUGACAUUACGUCGUAUUUAUAAAACCGUCAAAAGUCAGAGGAGCACAACGCAACGUGGCACACCGACACAAUAUUUUAACGAAAAUGACAUUACCUCUUCCCUGAGGCUUUCAGGAGAACAGCAUUCCAGAAUGUGACGUGAUUAAAGCAGGUGCUUCAUUUUAAAAGCAGCCGGUGAGAAACCAUAAGCUCAGACAAUACAGGGUGUUUAAUGCUUUUAUCACGCAGUCAACAAGAUCCGAAACCACGUGUGCCCCUCACCUCGAUCGCCUGACCGAGGAAACAUCAAGCCAUAAUGCUAAAGACCGCAUUUGUCACAUAUUCUGCAAGAUACGAAACAUCGUACAUGCAAAGUACCUUAAGAAACCGGUAGCUAAAAGCACACCCUGUGCCGUUACAACUCAACAGAUCUUCAAAAAGUCAGUAGUUUGUGCGUUAACAUAAGCAGUCAUUACAAAUGUGUAUUUGAAAGGGUCCAAGUCACCAGACACUAAAUCUAAAAGUCAUCCGAUUUAUGUUCCAUGAAGGGCCUAUAAGUAAACCAGACGUUUUUAUCUGCCCUAAAAUUGAUUGUUCAUUAUUUUUGUGCAUGCUCAGCACACUGUUAUGCAUCUUGAUGUUAAAAUUCAAACCCGGUGUAAAAACAGCCCUUCAUUUAGAGGUCGUUCAGACCUCAUGUCCUCUUAGGCCAAUGUGAGCUCACUCCUCUCGUCUUACCUGUACACUAUAUCAAAAACAAAAAUCUUUUUAUAUUAAAAAAAACAACUAACAUUUAUCAACAUUUAUAGGCAGGACUGUGGAAACUGGGUUCUUUUAAAAGAAAAUGUAAAACCAUUAAUUUAAUGAUUUUUAUAAAUCAGUAUUCGUUUUAUUUUUGGGUCUUUAAGCUGGGAAAUAGCAACGACACGUUCAGGUGCUACAGGAAGGCCAGUUACUGCUUUGGUUUCCUAGCUGUAGACUUUUCCUAACUGUUGUCAAUAGUUUUAAUACCAGUCGUGCAAAAUGAAGGACAUUAGUUACUAAACUGUCUUCUCACUUCGUCUUGACAAUAGAGCAUGUUUCAUGAGUUCAUUUUCAGACAUAACCGGACAAAAUAAAACGGUGUUGUAGAAAAAAAUAAAGUGGAAUUGUUGGGCGGGUUAAAUAUAAGCAAAUUCCACAGUUAAUUUAUUCUUUUUUCUAUUAAGAAUUUGUAUAGUAACAUUUUUCAAAAAACGUGUUGUUGGCAACUGAUACUGAAUUUUCCAGAUGAGAAAUGUGGUGGUUCUUGAGAUCCUGAAAUAAAUUAUUGCUGAAUGUUCUCUAAA